AGCGGUAGGUUGGAUUGGUGGUCUUUGCUUUUCUCUAACGUAUGUCCGCCUUUCGAAGAAUAGGCAAAAGGCUUGUUUUGGUUGGAGCAAUAUCUGGCGUCGGUGCUGCACUUUUAUUGGAAUUUGUUCCCAGAGUUAAUGAAGCCAGAAGGACGAAGGCUUUACUGUCGAGACCUAAACCUUCAGAACAGGAGUUCAAACGUUUUGAGCGACCUUUGCCAACUAGAGAUGAACAUCUCAAACGAAUGGCAUCAGGUGAACUUUUCGAUGUCUUAGUAAUUGGUGGUGGGGCAAGUGGUGCUGGUGUUGCGUUAGAUGCUGCAUCCAGAGGUUUAUCAACAUGCCUCAUUGAAAGAUUGGAUUUUGCUUCGGGUACCUCCUCUCGUUCAACCAAACUUAUUCAUGGUGGUGUUCGAUACCUACAAAAGGCUAUAUUUAAUUUGGACAUUGAACAGUUUCGUAUGGUUAAUGAGGCACUUAGUGAACGGUCUAAUCUAAUCGAUAUUGCUCCACAUCUAGCUUAUCCAUUGCCAAUCAUGUUGCCCAUAUAUAAAUGGUGGCAAGUUCCGUAUUAUUGGGCUGGUAUUAAAAUGUACGACUUAAUAUCUGGUGCUCAAAUACUAAAAGCCAGUUAUUAUCUUAAUAAAUCACAGGCAUUAGAACGAUUUCCUUUAUUGAAACGUGAUAAACUAGUCGGUGGGUUAGUAUAUUAUGAUGGCCAACAAGAGGAUGCUCGUAUGUGCUUAAGUAUUGCAUUAACUGCGGCUCGUUAUAAUGCUGCGAUUGCUAAUUAUGUUGAGGCUGUUGAAAUAAUUAAACAACCAUCUCGAACUAAAUCAGUUUCAUUGAAAUCAACAUUGGAAACAACAUCUGAACCAGUACCUACAGUAUCAGGUGCACGAGUUCGAGAUAGAUUAACUGGUAAAGAAUUCACAAUCAAUGCUCGUUGUGUGAUUAAUGCAACUGGACCAUUUACGGAUAGUAUACGACAAAUGGAUAAUAGAGAACAACCUACUAUUUGUCAACCUAGUUUAGGUGUUCACAUUAUUCUUCCUGGUUAUUAUAGCCCUACUAAAAUGGGUUUACUAGAUCCAGAUACUCGUGAUGGUCGUGUGAUCUUCUUUUUACCAUGGAUGAAUUAUGCGUUAGCUGGCACUACAGAUACUGAAUGCAAUGUGACUGAUCAACCUUCGCCUUCUGAAGCUGAAGUGAACUUUAUCUUGGAAGAAAUUAGUAGUUAUCUUUCUCCGGAAAUCCAAGUUCGUCGUGGUGAUGUACUGUCAUCUUGGGCAGGUAUUCGACCACUUGUUCGUGACCCAAAUUCUUCUGAUACACAAUCGAUUGCACGUAAUCAUAUUAUUGAUGUUUCUCCAUCUAAAUUGAUAACAAUUGCUGGUGGUAAAUGGACAACUUACAGAAGUAUGGCAGAAGAGACUGUGGAUAGAGCGAUAAAGGUAUGUGAUCUUAAACCAACUGGUCCAUGUCGUACCAAAGGUCUUCUUUUAGAGGGUGCUCAUGGUUGGUCACCAAAUCUAUUUAUACAAAUUGUUCAAGAAUAUGGUAUGGAUGUUGAUGUGGCACGCCAUUUAACUGGGAUUUAUGGUGAUAAAGCUAUAACUAUAGCUAAUAUGUCCAAACUAACUGGUUUAAGAUGGCCAAUAUUAGGUAAAAAAUUACAUCCUGAAUUUCCUUUUAUUGAAGCUGAGGUGGAAUAUGCAUGUCGAGAAUAUGCUUGUCAUGUUGUCGACUUUCUUGCUCGUCGUACUCGUUUAGCAUUUUUGAAUGUACGAGCUGCGGAAGAAGCUUUACCAAGAAUUGUUGAUUUAAUGGGUGAACAUUUAAAAUGGAACAGUGAGAGAAAAAAGCAAGAGAUGCGUGAGGCAGAGAACUUUUUAAAAUCUGAAAUGGGUCUUGGUCUGCGUGUUAUGGAAGGUGUUCGUAUGGAUUUGACUAUUGAUGAAAUUAGUAAUCUUUUACAAAGUUUCCGUAAACUUGAUCAUGACACUAAAGGAUAUGUUUCAUUGGAUGAUUUACGCAAAUUUUGUACUGAAUCUGGUGAAUAUGUUAGCGAAGAAGUGUUACAGUCUACUUUGAAUACAAUGGAUAUUAAUAAGAAUGGACAAGUUGACAUGUCAGAAUUCUUACAGUUUAUGAGUGCAAUAAAAUCUGGCGUUGUUGUCAACUCACCUCUAAAGAAAGUAUUAAAUCGUACUCGAAUUCCUGUUUAUAGAAGUGGUGGUGGUGUUUGAAAGAAAACUGUUGUUCUGUUUAGAAACUUUCGCAAUGAUAAUAGCAAUAAUAAGGAUAAGUGUCUCUUAUCUUUACUUUUUUUUCAAAAGUUAACUUAUUUCGCUCUGUGUUGCCGAUUGUGUUUUUUUUGAAGAUGUUAUGAAAUCGACUACAAGAAUGGUGCUAUUAUCAUUAAUGUUAUUCGCCACUUUAAUAAUAUCACAGAUUUGUAGUUAGACUAUCAUUUUUUUCAAUUUUAUUACUCUUAUCUAGGUAAGUUGUGAUUGUUGUAGAAUGUGUGCAUGUAUGAGUGACUUAUUUUAGUAAUUGUGCAUUUUUAAAGUUAUAGCGUGUAUAGAUCAAAAACUUACUUAUUUUUUGGUUUAAUUUUAGCUAGCUAUAUUAUCAUUAUUCAAUAGAAUGCAAAAAUAUUCUUCAUUCAACAAUCGGAAAACUGUUUUCUAUCUCAUAAUUGUAUUUUUCGUCGUUAUUAUCAUUAACUUUAGCUAUUUAUCACUUCCAAAACAGCAUCAUUUGUCCACCUACUACUGUCUAUCACAGCAACCAUUAGAAAUUUUCACUCUUUAAUCUUUUACCUGUUAAGAAUUAUGUUCAGUGUGUAUCGAUUUAGUUCACGAGUUUACUUUCUCGUUAAUUUUUGUUUAUAUAUUGCAUUCUUCAUGUCAACUAUGUUCGAGAUUGUUUACAAAUUUUUGUUUGAGUAUCCAUACCUUGUGAUAAAGUCAAUACACUUAUACAACCCUCCAAACGUAUACGUGUUUAUUAUACGUACAAUAGAAAUUAAAUGUAUUUCGUAUUCAAGACAUAGGUUAUCAAAGAUCCGAAAUCUUGUGUAUAUCUGACCUUCGCUGAACUGCUAGCCUCAGAUUUCUGAGAAUGACUUCUGAAUUUGAGAUAUUCAUUGAGGUUACCUAACAAUUACUAGAAUAUAUACUCAUUGAGAACGUCUGUCAGGUUACUUAAUUUCUUCCUGUCAGGUAAGGCUUUACUGAGAAUACGAGAGUAGAUUAAAAGCAUAAUAUAUGUUGUGCAAAGACUUGUUUAAAUGUUUACCCGUUUGUUGGACUCAACAGUUCAUAUGUAAAACGUUUCCCGUUUAUUGAUAACAACACUCAAUUAAAAUAAAGGAAAUAGAGGCUUCACUAAAAUCCAGUUGGGAAGAAGUUUUUAAUAAUUUCUGUUUGUCUCAGGCCAUCUUUAAAAGAUAAUACAGAGUAGUCAAAUUGGCUGCUAAUCUUGGAUAGAAGAAUAUUGUGGGAUAGUAGACAUUUUAUCUGCUCUCUUAUUGAAAUAAAUCUUUCAGUGAGGAUAGUAAUACAUUAUAGGACUGAACCUCUACAGGUAGGAAAAAUAUAAACUGGGAAUGUGUUGUUAAAGCGAAAAUAUUAGGUAAAUAAAAAUGCCUACUGGGUUACAUUAAUACAAAUCUUAAUACUGGCUUUCAAAUAAAGCCUAUUCUCGAAACACUAUACGUUCAGUAGCAGUCAUAUACAGCUGAGAUUUUAGAUACGUUAAGCUUGAUUAGUACUGCAUGCCAUUCAUCCAGAUUCAUAAUGGUGAGGAAUAUAACGGUUUCACUUUUCCUACUCCCUCAUCUGCAAAUUCAUUUUAUUUACAAUCAGUGGUGAGUUCAAGGAUUUCCUGAACAAUAUCCAAAGAAAUUAAACAGACUUCAGCUCUUAUAAGGUAUCCAGUCUUUGGAAGGCUACUAGAAUACAUGUGGAUUAAUGUUAAUGAAGAGGAGAUUACUGCAAUCCAUGAUAUGGCAAGUUAUGGCGUAAUCAAUAGGAAUGAGAAUAACAUCUUUCUAAAAUCGUGUGUGACAUGUAUUCACAUCAUCUAUGCUUAUUUGUAUAUUAUUGUAAAUUUGUGUUCACACCGUAAGCUGCUGAAUUAUUAUUAAGUACAACUCAGUCCAAAUUGUAUAAGUAUGACUUAUUCGAACUGUAAAUAAAUCAUAGUGUGAUGUAUUCCUUAAUCAUUUUGAAUUAUUUUGAGAGUCAAAUAUAUCCUUAUAGACAGU